CACCGGCGCGGGCACCGCGACGUCCGCGACGCAGUCAUCGACGGUCGCGCGUCCGCCGCGCGGCAUCCGCAGAAUCGUGCUCGGCGAGAGCGUCUCUCGCGUGGGCGGAGCCGCGGGAAUCCGGGAAAUCGUCGCCGGCUCGUUCUCGCGGGCCAGGUGUUGCGAGGGUGUGGUGCCUGGUGAUAACGUGAGGCCGCGACGUUGUACAAUUCCGCCUCGUCACGUCGCGUCGCCGCCGAUAACGAGGGGGGGUCCCGUGAUAUUCACGCGUUCACGCCCCGAUCGUCGAGCAGAGAAAGCAGAGGCGAGCGGACCCGCCGAGCGAAGCGGAGAAGAGAGGAUCCUUAAGAUUUCCGAGUCGCGCGCGUAUAUCCUUCGGCGGCUAACGCCCCGACGAGCGAGUGGCACCUUCCGCGCUCUCCUACUCCGACCUCCUCUUGCUCCUGUGAGGACGCAGAGAGGCUGCAGCGGACACGCUCCUCCCUCCCUUUCUUUCUCUUCGUCUCUCUCGAGUGUAGAAAGUGCGCGUGCAGGCGCCGCAGCGCAGGGGUCGUUGCCAUUACGCGUCUGCUGUCAAAGCCGUGGUUCGCUCGGGUCCGAGUGGCUGCCCCCGGACCUGCUCCCCCUGACUUUUAUGAGCCGUCCCGCGCCGGAGACGCCGCGACUCGUGCUUGAACCUCCCCGGUAGUCGGUGGCUCGCGUCAGAAGGAUGUCGAACGUGGGCAAUCUGGAGCAGCAGAUCGCGAGUCUGCAGAUCGGCGACGAGGCGGCCAAGGGCGCUGUCAAGCCCGGCAAGAAGGUCGGGCCCGCGGUGCCGCCGAAGCCGAAGAAAUCGCAGCCCCAGAUACCGCAAAGUUACACCAUAAAGGCCCCGCCUGUGCCGUCGUACAGCACGGUCCUCAACAACACGGCGUCGAGCGACAAGACCUCGAACCUGUACAUGAACGCUCCCUCGCCGUACGUUCCGCUGGACAUAAAGAAUGACUUCUCGCAAAUGGUGCCGGCGAACGGCAAGGAGGCGUCGAAGCUCUAUCAGAACAACGACGCUCUGUACGCGCGUCAGCCGGACGACAAGUUCGAGCCGAAGUACCGGUACGACGAGAAGAACUAUUACUCCAACAUCGGGAACAUGCCGGCGCCCCAGGUGCCCGUGGCGGACGAUCGCGCCAACAGGGCGGCCAGAAAUGCGGUGUACAGCAACGUGGAGCCGCCAGUACCCACGGUGGUCUCCGCGUACGAGUACCCGUACGAGAUGGACAAGGAGAUUAUAUACAGUAACAUCCAGUGGAACCCCAAAACGGAGAACACGUACUGCAACGUUCCUGCCGCGCACGGGGCUGACGACUUGCCGCCGCCGCCGGAGCCGUCCGAGUACGUCGCCUGCGUACCCGGGAAUUCGUUUCCACCGCCGCCCGACGAGCUGCCCCCGCCACCGAGUCCGGUCUCGUCGAGCUACAGCGAGCUGCGACGCGCCACAUACCAGACCGAUUUCCCAUCGGGCAACUACCCCGCCGAUAUCUACGGCCCGAGCUCUCAGUCCAGCUCGACGUACGAGUCCAUAUACGAGCCGAUUAAUCCCAGACCGCCGUCACAAUUGUCGUGCAACUACUCCAUGUACUCCGGCUACGGGUCGGCCGCGUCCACUCAACCGCAGGGCAAGGUGUCUCCCGUUAAAGAAGUCGACGUUCUCACGGAUCUGUUGGUUCAAGGGAUGGAAGAUAAUAACGAGGACAGCGAUAUAUACGGUAUCUGCGCGCAAUGCGGGCGCAAGGUCGAGGGAGAAGGAACCGGAUGCUCGGCGAUGGACAAAGUAUUUCAUAUAAGUUGCUUCUGCUGCUUCGUGUGCAAGGUCAAUCUACAGGGGAAACCCUUCUACUCGCUGGAAGGCAAGCCUUACUGCGAGGAGGACUAUCUCAAUACUCUGGAAAAGUGCUGCGUUUGCACGAGACCGAUACUGGACCGAAUAUUGAGAGCUACCGGCAAACCGUAUCAUCCCUCGUGCUUCACUUGCGUAGUCUGUGGACAGAGCUUGGACGGUAUACCGUUCACCGUGGACGCUACGAAUCAAAUACACUGCAUCCAGUGUUUCCACAAGAAAUUCGCUCCGCGUUGCUGCGUCUGUAAAUUGCCUAUAAUGCCCGAGGCCGGUCAGGACGAGACCAUACGAGUGGUGGCGCUAGAUCGCAGCUUCCACAUUCAGUGCUACAAGUGCGAGGAUUGCGGAUUGGUAUUGUCAUCCGACUCGGAGGGACACGGCUGCUACCCCCUGGACGAUCACAUUUUGUGCAAAAGCUGCAACGCCACCCGUGUCCAAGCCUUAACGUCUCAUAUGACGACCGAGUUGUAAACUAUAUGGGAGCUUAUGCAAUUUUCACUGUUGAAACUCUUCGGGAGUAACAAGAGAAACGUUAAAUCAAGUAUCGUUGUGAUUAACUGUGUAGCGAUUUAAGUACCGCUAUAUACACGGUAUUAUAGAGCCUUUUUUUUAUGCAUAUACGGUUUUUCCAUUCCGCUACUACUAUUCACAUCUCAUGUAUUCGAAACCGACAUUUGCUAUGCCAUUACUUCAACGAAAAACAAUUUUGAUAAUUAUACCGAAAAGAAGACCCAGCGCCGACGGGCCGACAUAUAUUAUCAAGGUCAUCCCCCUGAAUAACAUUCGAAAGGUUUUCGUUCAUUAUUUAUUGAAAAGCUCCUUAUUAAUAAAAAAAAAAGGGUUAAAGAACCAAUUAAUAUCAGGUGGAGUCAUACAACGAUGGAAGUUUCGCCAUCGGACUGGGUCACUUUUUCGAUAUAUUUACCAUAAUUUUUUGACACUUUACCUGUUAGCAGACUAAGGGAAUUAUACUAUCGUCCAUAUUUUGAUCCUUUUUACAAUUUGACGCGAAAAGAAAACGCUUGUCAGCGAUCAUUUAUACGCGACUGAUCUUUAACAGUUGUAAGAUUGAUGCACUAGAAUUGCCGUCACUGCCAUAACCGAAGCAUUUUCUCAGUACGUUACGGAAUAACGUCGACGAAUUGAUAAUAGAUGUAAGUUGGACGCGUCCGAGGUAAUUUUCCUGCAGAUGUGAUUAUCAUUGUGAUUCUAGUAAAGUAUUCGAUAUAUCGUAAAGUAUUUAAACGUGUGUAGUCUGUCGUCGACAGGAAAUACCGCUUCGAUCGCACUUACUUAGUGAUAGAUUUUAGAUUUCGGGGAGUAGGAUUGUUAAUGACAAUAUCGGUAUAUCGGCGAGGAAGCGUGCCAUUUCUUCUCAUAACGUAUCUGUUAAGAAGGAUCCCUCGAUACUAAUCGAGAAAGGAAAGACAAAUCCCUGGCACUGUGCGAUGUAAUUGGUUCCCGAGCCUUCUCGCAUGGGUAAGACAUUACAUCGUGGAGAGACUUAUAUGAUCUCUGUAUUAUAGUAUCAAUAAAAAUACAGUUUGUUAUUUAUGGCCAAA